CCUGAGUGCCACGGGCCGGUUUUUCGGUUGUGUUCACGUUCGACGACGUGCUUAAUAGUGGAAAGUCGCGUUCAUGCGCUACACGAAUCAAAGAAAGAAACCGGUGUGUGAGUCGGAUAUCCAGGCCGUUACUUCGAUCAGCUGGUCGUUUGUGGAAUCGCCUUGAAUGUCGGCAUACAAGCGCGCGGGGCAGUUGGCUCUCGCCAGGGCUCCAGGAAGGAUGCGCGAUCGGGGGUGUGCGCUUCUCGAGACUGCCACCGGUUUUCUGCGUGCCGGCCGCUUUACGGCCUAUAACGCGGCACCAUAGCCACGGCCAUUCAAUAAAAAAUCCUUACUUCGUGGUUUAUUCAUCCGUCCGGUGUGAAGAGUGAUCGACGUAUAUUCACGCGAAUUGAAAUUGUUCGUGGAAAAAAAGGCUUCGUGACAAGUGGCUUUCUACGUUGAACACGAUAUCGAAAAUCAUCGAUGUCCGUCACUUUGCUUGUGUACUUACGUUUGUAAAAUUUAAGCACGAAGUUGAAACAUACAUUUUCAAGGUUAGAAACGACGAUACCCUAAACACGACGACGGAGCGCUUGGCAUUUUCACGACGCGCUUAGGUUAAGUGUCAUCCUUUUGGCCCCGGCACUGAAUGACAAAUCGGAAGGAAAGAGAUACGUGUCGUGUUAAUUACUCUGAAGAUUUUUUCUACGGAUGUCAGACGAGCGUGUGCAUUUUGAUCUCGCGAACGACCGAUAAAUGUUGUUCAUUGCCGCGAAGAAACGGAGACGAGGCUCUCGCCAUUGCAAGAGGUCAAAUUCAACGUAUUUGUGCGCGUUCUUUGGUGCAGCGUAAACUUCCGAAAAAAAAAAAAAAAACAAAUCCAUCGUCGUUAUAAUUUUCUUUCACGUUCGUGUUACCGACUAACGUAUGCACCGGGGGCAAGUUUAAAUACGUGUUUCGGUAUGCAAGUUUUGAUACAUUGAAUAUCUUAAUUCACGGUAACGGGCGAAAAGAGUGAUGCUAACCGGCUGUAAUAUUUCCAUCAAAUUCUGGACUCGUGAACACGCGAUUGUUUACGUUCGCUCGUGCUCCAAAUGCGGGAAACCGGAAGGAAGUGUAUGCAACUCGGCGACAAAAAUCUGCGUUUAAUGCGUUAGCGAAUCAUAGGGCCUGUUACAACGUCACUUAAUGGCUUGCAUGAUUUUCGUACUUAAUGCAAAACCUAACCUCAACGCGAGCAGUACAAAUCACUUACCGUAAGAUUGAAAUAUUUUGUCCCUCGAUUAUUGUCGAGGUAACAAGGGGGACGAGUCAUACGAUUAGUUUUCACGACGUCUUUUUUAAACGACUGGGCAUUUCGUACUUAACUUCGAUCUCAGAAGGGAACACUGUGCCGGCAUUACCUGUUUAUCAGCAGCAUAUUGAGUUCAGUGGUGGAUAAUUUCUUAGUGAGUGUAUAAAGAACUUACGAACGAUUUUUGAUAUAAUUUCAUUGUUAUCGAGGAAGCAGCUGGCGACCGAAAUUUAUUGUGACAAACACCGGAUCGAUUGUUACGCAAAUUAUCGACAUUGCUUCCAGAAAAUUUGUCUACAGUGCAACGCAUUAUUUCAAGAUUCCUCGAUGGAGAGUGCCGGUGGUGACAAGCAGAACGAGUCGGACGAGUGUGACGUGAUCGGUAACAAUCAGCAUCAGAAGAAGAUGACGGGCCAGGAAGAUAGCAACGUGAAACUGAGCAAGGAUCUAGGGAAACAAGAGACUCUGAAGAAUCUGAAGAAUUUGGGGAACAUCGGUCAGAAUGACGACGACACAUUGAAUAAAUUGUCGAAGGCCGUGUCCCAAGACGACGAGGACGAGGAGGAGCACGAAGAGGAUGAGUGCAAAGGUUCUGACGAAGAGCUCAAGGAGGAGAAGACCGAUGGUAAGAAGGACGAGGAAUCCUCUAGCAGUACAACGUCUACGAGCACUUCCGAUGACGAAUUUGAAAUCAGUUCGGAAGAUAAGACGGAAGCCUCGAAGACCGAGCAGAUUAAUAAGAUCGAACCCGAAACUAAGAAAGAGGAUCAGAGUAAGAACGACGACACCACCGAUGACAGCGACAUCGAGGACGACUUGAUCUCCGCCAUCAAUUACAACACUAUUACCUCAUUGGCUGCCCUUAAGGACAUGCUACAGUCCUCCGGAGAGGACUCUGACGGUGUUGAUAGUUUCUUCCAUCAUUACUUCCUCUCUCACGUGAACAGGCUACCGUCGAGGAACCAAACUCAUAGCCCCUACCCUUGGGGAAGGAGAUUAUCAGAAUGCAGGGAAGAGGAUGAAUAUGAAACCGAGGAAGGGAAAAACGUGGACGUCCCGAUCCCCGAGAGGAUCAUCGUAACCAAGAAGAGCGUCGCGAAGAUCGAGGAACCGGAAGAAAAGAACGAGAGCGUCUCCUCGAAAGCGUCCAGCCCAUCCACUUCCGAGAAAUCCAGCUCGGAGAAGAUCGAUCAGAAGUUUAAUGCCACCUCGAGCGUGCCCGAAUCGAAAACCACGGUUGCGUCCUCGAUGACGAUCACGACAACGCCGACGACCGCCAGCGUCACGCCGACAACAUCGUCGUCGAGAUUCACGACGUGCACGGUGACUUCGCCAACGUCCACCACGAAGCCACCGCUGAGGAGGAGGCACACCACCGGGCCCGGGAUGACGUUUCCAGCGACCGAUCCGCCGACGUACUCCACCAGCAUGACCUUCUCGAGGACCAGCCCGCUUCCCAGUCCCCAUCUUGAUAAAAGGUUCUUCGACAGCAGCCUGAUAGAAAUGAAAAGCCAGGCGAGCAGUUCCAGCACUCUCGAUUACGACUCCACCGAGGAAGUCUGGAUUCGAAGGGUGGAUUUUGUUCAGGAAAGAAAGAGAAAGGAACUCGGAUCGCAGCCUCUGCCUACAAUCGUAACCGAAGAUGCGGAUACUUCAAACCAUGCAUCUCAGGAUCAAGGUCACAGACCGCGAGCAGGAACAUGGGGAUCACAUUCGAGGACUAUCAGGAAGCCGUCCUCGGGAAGUGCUCCUGGUUCCGGGAAGUCGACUCCUCUUCCACAGCAACCAGAGCCGUCGAGUUCGUCGAGUUCAGGCAAGGGUGGUAAGAAAGCUUCAGGCACUCAGUCUGGAUCCACCAGUCGGAGCAAUAGCCGUAGUAAUAGCGCUGAACGUAGAAGAAGCGGCGGAACUAUCGAUGAGACCGCCAGCCCCACAAGAAAACCGGCACUCUUUGACGCGUUUAGACCGAGGAGCAAAUCUGAUGCUAGUAAAAGGAAACCCAGUAUUAUAGCAAAUAUGAAGAGCGCUGUGCAGCAUUCCUUGCACAGAGGCUCGCAUGGCAGUUCGUCGACUGAUGUACGUACAGAUAAGGAUCACCACAAAGAUUCUAAGGAACACAAAGAUGGAAAGGAAUCUAUGGGACGUCCCCGAGCAGGAUCGGAAAGCAGCAGAAACCCUGUGAGCAAAGUUAUGGAUCUCAUCAGACACAGAAGUCACAGUGCUCUUAGUUCGGAGGACAAGAGGAAAGCGAGAACAGCGGCUCAACACCAGGCACAAAUAGCAGCACAGGGUGCUCUCAGAAGAAGUUCUCUGGAUCCCAGCGCAAGAAGAUUCUCUUUGGGUACACCUGCGAUACCUCAUCGAGCUUCCGAUGCCUGUCUCGAUCCUGUGCACGCCGCCAUCCUCUUCAGAGACGCGAGAGGGCUGCCGGUGGUGGAUCCUUUCCUAGAGAAAGUGUCGCUCUCCGAUCUCGAGGAGGACGAAUCACAGAUCUUCGUAAAGUUCUUCAAAUUUCACAAAUGUUACGACCUAAUACCGACCAGUGCCAAGUUGGUCGUUUUCGACACGCACCUACUUGUCAAGAAGGCCUUCUUCGCUCUUGUCUACAAUGGUGUGAGAGCUGCACCAUUAUGGGACAGUUCAAGGCAAGAAUUUAUUGGGAUGUUGACCAUAACAGACUUUAUAAAAAUUCUGCAGAUGUACUACACCAGCCCAUCUGUAACAAUGGAUGAAUUGGAAGAGCAUGAGUUAGAUACAUGGAGAAAAGUCUUAAAGGAUCAAGUACAUCCGUUGGUGAGCAUUAGCCCAGAUGCAUCUCUGUACGAGGCUAUUAAAACUUUAAUUCACAAUAGAAUUCAUCGUCUGCCUGUGAUAGACCCAGAUACUGGAAAUGUUCUCUAUAUUCUGACACACAAACGAAUUCUUAGGUUCCUCUUCCUUUAUAUUCACGAGCUACCAAAACCAUCGUUCACGAAUAAAACACUGAGAGAGUUGAGGAUAGGUUCAUUUGAUAAUAUAGAAACAGCAACAGAAGAAACUAGCAUAAUUCUAGCACUCAAGAAAUUUGUUGAAAGGAGAGUUUCAGCAUUGCCGAUUAUUGAUGCUGAAGGAAAGUUGGUUAACAUUUAUUCAAAGUUUGAUGUUAUUAAUUUAGCUGCAGAGAAAACAUAUAACAAUUUAGAUGUUUCAUUACGGGAAGCAAAUGAGCAUCGAAAUGAAUGGUUCGAAGGAGUUCAAAGUUGUAAAUUAGAUGAAACUCUGUUUACUGUUAUGGAAAGAAUUGUUAGAGCAGAGGUUCAUAGGCUAGUAGUGGUUGAUGAAGAUGAUAAAGUGAUUGGUAUAAUUUCUCUAUCCGACUUACUCUUCUACCUCGUUCUUAGGCCUUGCGGUGAAGAUGGCAGUAGUAAUAAAAAUAGUUCUAUAUCGUUAAGAGCACAGGAUUCUCUAUCAAAGGCUCCAAGUUCUGUGCAGUCGGAGGCUUCUCUCCCUGAUGGUGAACAGGAAGCUGAACAAGAUGCAGCCGAAGUGAACCAACCUGAUGAAGCACCCGCGACACCUAGUCCACCGCUGAGUCCAGCAACGUCAGAUAUUUCUGAACCUCAAUCCACUUUAGUGGCACAGUCUCAAGAAUCUGCAUGGAGGGAAGUGACUGUGUCAGGCGGGGAAUGAGGAAAUAUUACCUUAACAUGCUAUUAAGCAUGAAAUUGUGACCGGCUUUAUCGCUGUAAAGUUCAAAUUUUGCAGUGCAACAGCAGCAAGUAGCGAACGUAUUAGCAUGUGUUUAUCACCUAUUCUUAACGCGCGCGUUACAUUUGCUUAAGAAUUUAUGACAAACAUAAAACAUCGUUCUAUGCUUGUUUACGUCAGAAAGAGUAACUUAUCGGAAGUAAUUAAAAAUCGUGUUGAGCGUGAAAAUGAUGAAUGAAUUUCAUUGGACGCGGCAAACAAUAAUGCAACGCUGUAUACUGUAUAAAGUUGAGAAAGCUUAAUUUUUUAUGGUACAAAUGCUACUCAACAUAAACGUUCGAGCUUCUUGCCAGGCACGAUCGCUACGCCAUUAACUGUUCAGGGUACGAAUUCUCUGUGCCCUUUCUUCUACCGUACGCUGGGAAUGUUCCAAGAGUUUCAAGGAAACAUGUAGUUGUUUUGAACUUCACAUUUAUUAUGCUGCUGUGCUCUUCUUACACUGAAACCUUGUAUUUUAAUUGAGAUCAAAGAUUAUGAAAUAACUUACUUUAUUUACCUGAAAUAGUUUAGAGACGUGUCCACGGGACAUGGAACAGUGUAGUUGUAUAUCGAAGAGUGCUCCAUAAUUAAUAAAUAUGGACCCCGUUUUUACAGAGGCCUUCCAUGCUUUUUCCCGACAUAAACGAAUAUUACAGUUUUAAAGAAAAAGUCUCUAAAUAUGUAGAUCCUGUAUGCGUGUUUAUAAAAAUAGCUUCUUGCCUGUGAACUAUCGCGAUAGAUGUUUGAACAUUAGCAACCGAUGUGCAUAAUAAAGAAUUUCAAUUUUAAACAAUUGCACAUGUGAUACAGGAGAAAAAAAAAACAUGGUGCUUUUGAUUUUACAUUAACAACCGACUACGAUGUAGCUAUCAAAUGAAAUUAGUGUGCGUGUAACAAAUAACAAACAGUAAAAAUACGAAUAAUAAUUGAAAUGUUGAAAGUUAUGUUACUGUACAGCUUCUGUGCAUCUUCAAGAAAUAUUUAAGUACAGGAAGGCAAUACUUACACGAAUCUAAGCUAUAAUCUGUCAUUGAAUUUAUACGCGAUUGCUUUAUGUAUUUCAUACAACAAUAUUGCUAAUUAUUAAGUGACAGGCCUAUAAAGCAUGGAAAUAGGAAACAACUUUUCCUCACCUUGAACGCGUGCUGCCACCAAUCUUUUCAUCGAUGCUUAAAAUAUAUAGAAGUAUCCGCAGUACUUUAUUCAAGUUACUUACAAAACAGUUUGAUUUAGACAUAUUCAUUUUACAUUUAUUUUAGACUUGUGUGUAUAUAUAAUUUAAUUUAAUCGUACUUCUUUUAAAUACUUAUAUCUUGUUUGUAUCUGCUUUACGUGAGGUUUUUACAAAUUAACUGUUUUGUUCGUGAAUUUUCAUUUAGACAAAACAAAAUCGAAGUAAAAAGAACAUAUUAACGUUGUUACGUGAUCUCUGACCAAAUUCUGUAUAUUACGUAAUUAUUUGUGAGGAUAUAAUUGACGUCACGUAAAAUAUAUGAGAGGAAAAUUUUGUAAUUACAUUUUACACUGUUGCUAAUUUUUCAUAAAAAUGAAUCGAUGAAAAUAAUUUCGGAAAUUAACCUAGAUUUCUUGUAAAUUUUUAUCAUGUUUAUCCUAAGUUUUCAUCUGAUCUAAUCAUGUCAUAUGAACAGAGAAAGCACCGGUAUCGAAUUCUGUUUGAGAAGUAGACGAUAAUUAUGUAAAUCCAUCAUACUCCACUCAACAUUGUAUGAUACCGUUUCAAUAACGAGUUAUAAAGUGAGUGGCAGAAGGCAUUCCUGUAUCAACGCGAUCAAUUAAAAAGAAACCGUUUCGUCUCGAAACAGAUCUUUGUUCUACGCUUACUGCAUGAAAGAGAUGGAAUUAUGAAUUGUGCAGACAUCUGCAUGUUACAUCUAUGUGUGGAAAUUUGUAUAUAAAUGGCCUCUGUGCCGAGGAAUGUAUUUUCCUUUUUUGGCGCAAAGUUCCAUUUUCUCUGUAGAAAUAUGGGUAAAACCACCACUUGAUCUUGAAGGGGACAGUGCCUGUAAUUUAGUAAAUUUAUUCCUAGGUACCGUUUAUGAGGAUAAGAAUAAAUAUUCCAUUUCAGAUGUAAGCGCAGUCAGGAUAAAGCAAGUUUGCAUUAGUAUUAAUUAACAAGAGGCGUAGUGGACAAUGAUUUUUGUACAGCUGAAAGAAUAUAGCCGAAUAAGAUUUAGUGUGCUGUAGCUGCGAACAUUAUAUUUCCUUUUAGUACAAAAUGCGUUUCAACUUUGCAAAGUUGUCACGUUCACUUUUUCUAGUUUCUAGACAUAAAAAAUUACAGUAGCCUACAUCCUGCAGCGCACCCGAUUUCAAUAUCACAAUUGUAUUGAAAGCACAAUUUAAGUAACCCUGACAGAAAACAGACAGCGGUAGUUAUUGUACUUGAGAAACCAUUGCACUCGGCGUACGCUGCAUUUGCGAACCAAAACAAUAUAUAGACAAGGUAUUAAGAAUAAAUUGUACAAUAAAGAAUUAAUCAACAAUACUGUAUAUUCAGGACAAAAAACAAUUAGCGUAUUAUUCGUGUCCCUCAUAUAUGUAAGUUAUAAAUGAAAAAUGAAUUGCUGAGUGACAAAAUACAUCGCAAC